UCAUUUUUGCCAUAAUUUUCUCUAUAAAUUCUCCCACAUCCAUAUGCCUUGGACAACUAUCCACAUCUCUCACCCCAUUCCUGCAUAUCCAAGAGUGUUUCUCCUCAUCCUUGGAACAUAAUGAGUUAUGAAGGAUACGAGAACAACCAUAUGUCUGUUGGACCAUGGGGAGGCCAAAAUGGAGUACGUUGGGACGAUGGAGUUUUCGACUCUGUAAGACAAGUGUUGAUCUGCCAUGGAGCUGGGGUUGAUUCCAUCCAGUUUGAGUAUGACAAGAAGGGCACUUCAGUGUGGUCUGAGAAGCACGGUGGAACUGGUGGUGUCAGGACAAAUAAGGUGAAGCUUGAUUAUCCUGAUGAAUAUCUUGUAUCUGUAAGUGGCCAUUACGGAAGCGGGGUUGACUAUGGUCCAAUACUGAUUCGUUCCCUUAUUUUCGAGAGCAACAAAAGGAAGUACGGACCUUUUGGAAUUCAGCAAGGAACCCAUUUCUCAUUUCCUCUGACCGGUGGCAAAGUAGUUGGUUUCCAUGGCCGGAGCAGUUGGUACCUUGACUCCAUUGGAGUUUACUUAAAGCCUCUCCUGCAACGAAAUCCAUCCAAGAAUCCUGCUGCUCAACAAGCGACCGGCCGAACAGGAGAUAAAGUGAAAGAUCCUUAUGACUCUGAAGUGGAAACAAACAACCAGAAGGCGGUUAAUGAUAAAGCAGCCAUCGUCAGACCCGUGAAGGCAGUGUCAUAUGGACCGUGGGGUGGUAAUGGUGGAAUGCUAUUUGAUGAUGGAGUUUAUACAGGCGUCCGUGAAAUUCAUUUAACACGCUAUGGAGGCGUUGUUUCCAUACGAGUUUGUUAUGAUCUGAAUGGCCAAGCAAUAUGGGGAAACAAGAAUGGUGGAAGCGGAGCAAUUAGAUUAGACAAGAUAGCUUUUGAUUAUCCAUCUGAAAUCUUGACUCACAUAACCGGAUAUUAUGGAUCAACCAUCCUAAGGGGUCCUACCGUCGUCAAGUCCCUGACCUUUCACACCAACAAGAUGAAAUAUGGACCCUUUGGGGAGGAACAAGGGAUUUCUUUCUCCUCUGGUUCUAACAAUGGGUUUGUUGUUGGAUUCCAUGGAAGAAAGGGAUGGUUCAUAGACAGUAUUGGAGUCCAUGUCGCAGAAGUUAAAUUGUCCAGGCCAUUAUCUCGGUCUUCCUAUGAUCCCUUCGAUUCCACCGACGUUAAAGAAUAUGAGGUUAUGGUCCCCGGAAUGGCAAGAGAACCAGCUGCAGCUGCUCCAUGGGCGUCAGGACCAUGGGGUGGUGAUGGAGGUAAGCCCUGGGACGAUGGAAUAUACUCUGGGGUUAAGAAGAUUUUCUUGGCAAAAGGAGAAGCCAUAUAUUGCAUCCAAAUCGAGUAUGAUCGAAAUGGCCAAUCUGCUUGGUCAGUUAGGCAUGGAGGUGGCAGUGAAGGAAGCUCUCACUUGAUCAAAUUUGAGUAUCCAUACGAAAUUCUUACCAGUGUAUGUGGUUAUUAUGGAUCUCUCACUGGAGAUGAUAGCAACAGUGUAAUAAAAUCCCUCACAUUCUAUACCAAUAAGGGGAAAUAUGGACCAUAUGGAGAGGAAAUAGGAACGUUUUUCCCUUCUACGAAAACAGAAGGAAAGAUUGUUGGGUUCCAUGGGAGGAGUGGAUGUUACUUGAAUUCAGUUGGCGUUCAUAUGCAGCAAUGGUCAAGUGAUCGAGACUCGGCACCGCAAGGGCCUGGAGAACGAGGUGGUGCCGUCAAAACUAUUCUAAAUAAGUUGUUUAAUUGAAGUUCAUUAGUUUUCUAGCAUUUAUAAGAGAAAAAAAAAAAAAAAAAAAACCCUUUAGCGUUCAAUUUCAUAUAUGUACCAAUCUAUUUCUAUGUUUUAUAUAAUAGCUUUUGUACAUUUUUUGCAGUCACAUAUUGUAGAUAUUGCCACCCCAGA